CAUCGUGAUGUCGGCAGGAAUAUCAGUAUCCUUUCUCAGAUUCGUUUCCAGAGAUUGCAGUAAGAACAUAAGAACUUUCCCCCACAGCUUUUGAAGAAUAUAUACUUUGACCAUGGCGUCCUCUAACACUGCUCAACUGCUUGCGCAGGCCCAUGUGCCCGCUUUUAAGUGCCCUGCCGGCACGAAGAUGCAUUUCCUCGAUCUGGGGACACUGCAGGCUGAUGAAGGCUGGCUUCUUCGAGGCCAGAACACAAGCACUCUCAGCAACAAGAACCCCGAACCCAAGCGACGAGACCUGAUCGUUCUCGCAGCCUUGAUCGAGUUUCCUGGCUUCGGCUGCAUUCUUUAUGAGACCGGUUGUGCUGAGGAUCUGGAAGUUGCGUGGGGUGCACCCUUGACAGAUGUGUUCCCGCGUACCGAGUACAGCGAGAAACAAAAGCUUCCAAACGCCAUCAAGGCCACGGGCAACGACAUCAAGGACGUCAAAGCAGUCAUUAUCGGGCACUUACAUCUCGACCAUGCGGGCGGCCUCGAGCACUUCAUGGGCACCGACGUGCCCAUCUACGUGCAUGAAGAGGAAUUCAAGCACGCGUGCUGGGCCGUUGCCACGGGCGCUGAUCUCGGCGUCUAUCUCCCGGGGUAUAUGGAUCUGUCGAAACUGAAGUGGAACACCUUCCAUGAGGAGCAUGUGGAUUUGUUCCAGGGUAUCACGCUGCACCACUCGCCGGGACAUACACCUGGUUUGGUCGUAAUGCAGGUCAACCUCGAACAGUCAGGCACGUGGAUCUGGACGACAGAUCAGUUCCAUAUCUCGGAGAAUUAUGAGCUGAGUCACCCCCAUGGGUGGUUGGCUAGAGAUCAUAAUGCGUGGAUACACAGCUUGAAGAUGAUUCAGAGGUUGCAAAGGCUGUUUGAUGCCAAGCUGGUCUUUGGGCAUGAUAAGGAGGUGGCGGCUAAGUAUAUGGGAAAGUCGUAUGAAUAGGCGCUUUAUUCAAUGUGACAAUGGAGGAAAGCCGAGGCAACAGAAAAAUGUGAUUUGUUCUUACAGCAGCUCGAUGUGACAAUCCCUGGCACCAUGGUCCACGUCUCGGCGGACGACUUGUAGACAGUACGUGAUUUCGAGCCGGUCCAGGGCUAUCAAUGAUGAUCGCAGCCAUAAACGUCACUUGGGGCUUUGAUAAAUCGCUGUCCCUGACGGAGGCAUCCGCAGCCACUGAACUUCCAUGAUGCAAUAUAAGAGUGUGUCUAGUUGAUCGUUGAUGCUAAUGAUGGAUGUUUUGUCCAGG